AUGACCGCCAACACCACAUGCCUUGAGAACCUCUCUUGGAGUCUCGUUUCUCUCAACUGUUCAAUUCCAAGUUGUCUUAGCCAACCUCCCCCUCUCAAAAACGCCAACGUCAGUGACGGGAGUCAGCUUGUUGGUAGUAUCCGGACAUACACGUGUCACCAUGGUUACCGCGAUACCUCUGGUAAUGAGACGACCGCCAACACCACGUGCCUUGGAAAUAUAACCUGGAGUCGUGUAGCUCUCAAAUGCUUAGUUCCAAGUUGUCUUAGCGAGCCUCCACGUGUCAAAAACGCCAACGUCAGUGACGGGAGUCAGCUUGUUGGUAGUAUCCGGACAUACACGUGUCACCAUGGUUACCGCGAUACAUCAACGGAACGUUGUCCAAGCAAGCUUCCAACUGUUCAAAAUGCCGACGUCAGUAGAGGAAGCCGGACUGUUGGGAGUUCCAGGAAGUACACGUGUCACCGUGGUUACCGUGACAAAUCUAAUGGUCUAAACAUCACCCAAACCAGAUGCCUUCAGAGCCUCCGUUGGAGUCCGCCAAAUCGCUCCUGUUCAGCGGAAAGCUGUCCUAGCAAGCUCCCAACUGUUAUAAAUGCCUACGUCAAUAGCAGUAGGGGAAGCAGGACUGUUGGGAGUUCCAGGACGUACAUGUGUUACCGCAGUUAUGGUGACAAAUCUACUGCGCUUCGCUGUCCUAGCAAGCUUCCAACUGUUCAAAAUGCCGACGUCAGUAGGGGAAACAGGAAUGUUGGGUGUUCCAGGAAGUACACGUGUCACCGUGGUUACCGUGACAAAUCUACUGGUAGGAAAAUCGGUAAAGCCAGAUGCCUCAAGAGCCUCCGUUGGAGUCCGCCAAAUCUCUCGUGUUCAGUCAUACAAGGCAGCCUCCAGGUCGAGGUACCGAGGGUCGUCCCACAGUCCGUGUGGGGAGGCGUGGUUAGUGAUGUACACCACGGAGAGCUGGUUGACAGGGUCACAAUAACCGACCUGACCACCAUAGCCUGCGUUGCCGAUAACCUUCUGGCCCUGGAAAAUGCUGACACUCAUCAUCAUCAUCAUCAGAAGCAGCAGCAGGAGUAG